AUGAAGUGCGAACAUCUGCAGAAAACAGGCAGCUUCAAAGCGUGGAGCGCUAAACACGGUACAGAAGAUGAUGGACGAAGGACCGGUGAAGGGAGUGAGAGUACUGUAGCAUGUUCAUCAAAACGCCGAUCAGAUUUCAGAGAAGAGACGUGCGCUCGUCUGUCCAAAGAGCUCAACUACCGGGUCGUCGAACCAUUUGAUGAUCCAAAUGUGAUUUGUGGACAAGGUACUAUUGGAGCCGAAAUCGUCGAACAAGUUCCGGAUGCUGAUGCAAUCUUCCUUGCUGUUGGCGGUGGAGGAAUGGCAAGUGGUGUGACGGCGUAUGUUGCUGAAGUGCGACCAGAUAUCAGAGUGUUCCUCGUCGAGCCGGUAGGGAAAGACCUCGGCAUCUACCUGGCCAAGGGUGAAAUCACAACCGAGAGAGAUGUGGUUGACACUAUAGCUGAUGGAAUCCGAGUGCUCAAAGUAGGAGAAAAUUGCUACCCGAUUCUGAAGAAAUCCUGUGCUGACAAAAUCAUUACCGUG